AUGGAUGUAAGAGAAGCUACAAAGAAGCAAACCGACGCCGCGAUGAUCCUUUCCGGGCACGUAUUAUCUUCCGCACGCAAAGACUCUAACGUCAUCUUCUCACCGGCGUCCAUAAACUCUGCGAUCACCAUGAUCGCCGCUGGUCCCGGAGGUGAUUCAGCUGCCGAUGCAAUCCUUUCCUUCCUCAGAUCUUCUUCGAUGGAUGAGCUCAAAACCGUCUUUCGCGAACUAUCCUCCCUCGUCUACGCUGAUAGCAGCGCGAGUGGCGGCCCAAAGAUCAAGUCCGUGAAUGGCCUCUGGAUUGAUAAAUCACUUGAGGUUGAUCCCAAGUACAAGGAUCUCUUCGAGAACUUCUUCAAGGCUCUUUACGUUCCUGUAGAUUUCCGAUCUAAGGCUGAAGAAGUGCGUGAAGAGGUGAAUUCAUGGGUUGAGCAUCACACCAACAAUCUCAUCAAGGAUCUUCUUCCACAUGGAUCCGUGGCAAGCGACACCAACGAGAUUUACGCAAACGCAUUGUAUUUCAAGGGAGAUUGGGAAAUACAAUUCGAAAAGAACCAUACUGAAGACGAAGACUUUCACCUUGUCAAUGGCACAUCAGUCUCUGUGCCAUUCAUGACCAGCGAUGAGGACCAAUACGUAAGAGCUUAUGAUGGUUUCAAGGUCCUCAGGCUCCCUUACCGAAGAGGUAGCCGCGAUGAUACCAAUCGUGGAUUCUCAAUGUAUUUCUAUCUCCCGGACAAGAAAGAUGGAUUGGAUGAUCUCUUGGAGAAAAUGGCAUCUACACCUGGAUUCUUGGAUAGUCACAUUCCGAGUUACAGAGAUGAACUUGAUGAAUUCAGAAUUCCAAAGUUUAAGAUGGAAUUUGGUUUUACUGUUACAAGCGUUUUAAAUGGACUGGGACUGCGUUCAUUGUCAAUGUACCAUAAAGCUUGUGUCGAGAUUGAUGAACAAGGUGCUGAAGCUGCGGCUGCAACUGCUAUUAAUGAUGAUGAUGAUGUUUGUUGUGACUGUGAGCCUCUAGAUUUUGUGGCUGAUCAUCCAUUUCUUUUCCUUAUUCGAGAAGACAAAACUGGAACCGUUUUGUUCGUCGGUCAGCUCUUGGAACCUUCGGAAUCUUGUUCCCAAUCUAAUUCCGACUCAGAUGAUUAUUAA